AGAGGGCUCAAGAGCUACUCUUAGAACCCCUGAGAUCUACUGGUUGGUGACCACGGUCCUAGACAGUAGUCUAAUUUUAAACUCAGUAUGUAGAAAGGAAUAUUAAUGUACUAGUUGUACUGAACAUUGGUUUAUUGUCUUUUUGACAGAGUUAAAUUGGAAAAGAUAGUUUCAGAUAGUUGUGAUGAGAUUGGUAAUGGUAUAAUUUACUCAUCAAGAAAAGAGAGAAAAAAAUAUAGCCAAAAGUUGGAAGUGGAGGGGAAUGCUAAAAGUGAAGAUGACAGACACAGAAGGAAAAAGAAGAAGAAACAGAGCUCUGAACAUCUUUCUUGUAAGGAAGAGGACUCUGUAAAUGUUCAAGACACUCGGAAAAAGUCCAAGAAAAGAAAAAGAAAAGAUGUGAAUGAAAGAAAUGAUAUCGCAGGAGGAAAUGAUGACAGCAGUCUUGAUGAGUCCAAAAAACUUAAAAAAAAGUCUGAGGGAAAGAAAGAUCUGGAAACAGAAAGAAAGGAUGCUAAGCAGAGAAAAACAAGGCCAAUUAGAGAAAAGACUGUUUUAGAAAAAGCCAACCACAAUUUCCCUCUGAAUCCUAGUAAAAGUAGCUCAGUAAAAAACAUUGCAGCACAGUCUAGCAAAAAGAGGGAGGGAAUUUCAGAUCGUGAUUCCUCCAGCACAUCAUCUGACAGUGAAAUGGAUAUGAAACAAAAUAAAUCCUCACAUAAACCUAUGGCAGCAAUGCUACACAGAGACAAAUCCCAACUUGCAAAUUCUGUUAUAAAAACUGUUGUUGCUAGUAAAGUUACUGCCAAGUCUACAGAUGAAAAUUCCCCCAAGACUGCAAUUAGUAAAAAAACUAAACCCCAGUCCUCUAGUUCAGAUUCUAACUCUAGUAUAGAGAUGGAAGAAGAGCAGCAACAGCGAAGCAAUGACUCAAAGGGAAAACUGCUGCCUAAAAAUCCCCCAGUUGUGAACAUUAUGGCAAAGUCCCCCAAAGCAAAGACCUCUUCUUCGGAGUCUGAUAGUUCAGAUUCAGAGACAUUUGUUAUUAAAAAGCCCAUAGCAAAUGUUGGCUUCAAUAAAUCCUUAGUAAGAAGUGGUGGUAAACAGUUGCCAGCUAGCAAUCAAGGACCAGCUGUAAACUCCAGCAGUUUUGGAAGGGGACUUGGUAGAGGAGAGGAUAACUUCUGGAGAGGACAUAGGGGCCGAGGGUGUCGUGCGGUGAUCCGGGGUCGGGGUCGGGGCCGUGGCCGUGGAGAAAGCAAUAGCUUCUUCUUUAACUACGGCGAUGAAAACCAGAAACAUCAGCAGUUAAAUGAAGAAGCAACAAACACUUCUGUUGUUAUCCAGAAUCCAGUGGAAGUUCCAAAGAGGGACUACAGUGUACUACCUCUAUUAGCUGCCCCUCCACAAUUAGGGGAAAAAAUUGCCUUUAAGCAGCUUUUGGAAUUAACAGAAAAUUACACUCCUGAAGUAUCUGACUACAAGGAGGGAAAAAUAAUCAGUUGGAAUGCUGAAAACAAACAGGUAGAACUUGAGAUUCUUUCGUCUUCAGCAGUGGUAAAAGAACCAGGAAAGUUUGAUCUGGUGUACCAGUCUGCAGAUGGAGCUGAAGUGAUAGAAUAUGCUGUUUCUCAGGAUACGAAGAGAACAGAAAGCUGGGAUGCACUGAUUGAGCCAAGACUGAUUAUUGAACCUUUGCCUACUAGUGAAUCGACUACUGAGAACGUGAAGCUCUAAGAUGUGAACUCAUUUCCCAUAUGUGUACAUAGUUGCAUGGACUCACUGUUUUGUGAAGUACUUUCUUUUGGGUGUUGAAGACAACAAAUAUGCUGAUGGAUAUUUUUCAAUAAAUAAUUUUAAAAUGAAAUUGUGUAUAAGAAAUUAUAAAUACAAUUUUGGUGUAUUUAAUAUAGAACAGUACAUUUGCCACUCUUUUAAAAAUUGUUUUUAAUAAAACAGCAGUUUUUCUGUCAAACACCCAUGAGCUACAUGUUCAGGAAUUAUUUGCUCAUGGAUAGGAAAUGCAGGAAUGUCAUUAAAAUCAUUAGCUCCAGUUCAGUUUAUUCUCUGAAAGGAUGUAGUAAUAUAAUAACAAUAGAAAGAUAAUUAACUAUAAGGAUAACUUAAAAUAACAUUUAUAAUUAGUCACAAAUCCAAUAAACUAACAGUACACACAUCCCACUUCUCAGUGUACUAUCUUCCUCCACUGCUGUAAGGCAUAAAUCGGGGGUGGGGGACACGUCAGGCCCGGGGUCUGGAUGUGGCCCCCAGCUUGCCUGGAUCUAACUCCCGAGGCUCAGCAUUGGGGACCCCCCUCUGGUUCUCCAGCCUCCCUGCCACUCUCACCUGCUGGCUGGAGCGCACACAAUUUACUAGCCUGCCCCUGCAACUGCCUUGGCUCUAGUGUGCAAGGGGAGUCUUUCUCCUUCUCAUUCAGGGGCUUCUGUCUUUGUUUCACACUUGUGUGCAGCCCCCUCCAACUGAUUUUUCUAUGGGUUAGCAGGCCCCCGACCCAAAAAUGGUUCCGGCCCCUCCCGCCCCCCUUUAUCUCCUCUUGGGACAAAUGCUAUUUCUUGCAGUUCCAUAUCUUGGAUCUGAACAUCUCAAGGGACUUCACGGAUAUUAAGUCCUUUUACCCCUGAGAGGUUGGUAGUAGGUAUCUUCCCUUUGCAGAUGGGGAAACGGAAAACCUUAUGUAAAACAAGGGGCAGAACAAGCACUAGAAUACAGGAGUCCAACACUUCUAGGCAGUGCUACCUCCUGUGUGUAUUGAUUUCUAUGAACUUCUUUAAAAAACCAUAUUGCCCUUUGUGUUGAUCAGUUUCAUUGUCCUAUGCUGAGUGUCCUUACCUUCCUUCUCAAAUCCCAUCUUACUCAGUCCCUUCCAGUAUUAUUCUUACUACUUUUUCAUUAUUGUUGAUAUUGUGAUAGCACCUACAAGGCCUGAUUAUGUGCCAUUGUGCUAAGCAGCAUACAGACACAAAAGAUAACCUUGUUUCAAAGACCUCUUAAUCUUAAGUAUGAGACAUAAGAAAACAACUAGAUAUAACAGGCUUCUGAAAUAUUGUCUGUGUCAUAGGCUGCUUAUCUGGUUUUGUAAUCUAUUUGGGUUAGGGAAUUUCUUAUCUGUAACCAUGUAAAUGUACAAAAUUCUUUGAUUUUUUUUUUAACUGUAUAAAUACAGGACAUGCAAAA